CUCCUGCACUACUAUAUUUCCAAUCGGUGCAUGUUACUAUCUCCGGCGUCCGCAGAGCUUAAAAAUGCGAAUCCGAGCACCCCACUUAUCUGCCCCACCUAUGGUAUCUACCCCACAUUCUGGUGAUAGAUAUGUGCGCCCAUAAGGUGUGAACUCUGGACUCUGGAGGUCCGAGCCGGAGCGGAGUUCCGCUAUUUUAAGCGUACAUAGCAGCUUAAAUCCGGCGACGCGACCAAGCGCCACGAGUGCUCUUCCAUGUCCCACAUUCCUUCCCACGUGACCCGGCAAACGCCGCUCCCUACUCUCGGGGGAGAAAAAAAAGUUCAGACAGAGCAAAUGAACCCUAGCAAAACCUCACGAAGCUCUCAAUCACGAACGAGAAGAGAAGGAAGGAAGGAAGGAAACCAACAACGACGACGACCAGAGAGCGAUAUGGCACCCCCGCGACCCACGAAAAAACGACGCACAGAUGUCGCCCCCACCAACGCGCCUGCUCUGGCGGGCCCGAUCGGGAAUAUCAGGGCGCUGCAGAGCGCUAUGGCCGACUACAGCGGGGCUGGAUUGAAGGCGGUGAAGGACUUUCUGUUCCGGUGUUCGAAGGGGCCGGAGGUGGAGGAGUUGGAGGCGGCAGCGAAUCGGAGCAUUUUGAAGCAGUACCUCGAGACGCAGACGAAGGAGGCGCAGAAGGAGAGCGACGAUGCAGAGAAGGAGUCCUCGGCGUUCGCGGAGGUCGUGCAGAUCUGGAGUUAUGCUAAUCAGAAUAAUUCUAUCAACUUGCUGUCGCUGGUCCCGGCCACAAUGGCGAACCUGGUCCGGAUAUGUUCGUACCACGAGGAGGAGUUCAAGAACUACGGAACAAUCCUCAUCAAGAGCCUGCUGCAGCCGACGACGUUGAAGAUCAUCUACCGUGGGUUGACGGGGAAUAAGGACAAGGUCGUGUCGCCAUGUCUGCGCCUAUUGACGGAGAUGAAUCGGUUCAACUUUGGCGCGAUGUGCGGAUUCGUCCACUCGACUAUAGACUUCACGAUCAAGGACUUGCCGCGGAAUUUGGAGGUGAAGGGAGGGGCGAAGGCUACCGUUGAGGAGAUCGGAAGACCGUCAGUACGGACACAGUUUCUGAGGUUCUUCUUGUCGUUCCUGCAGAAUGGCGAGCCAAGUGUUCGGAAUGAAAUGAUGGGAUUGAGGAGUUGGAUCACGCCGAUUUUCAAGCACCUGAAGACGGAUACGCCGGAGAUCAUAAACGACUUGUUGACAUGCUUCACUACGAGGGUGUUGGACGAGAAAGAAAUCCCGAGAGCUACAAAAACGAAUGCCUUCAAUGAGUGGAUUCUGGCACACAUCCUGGAACUGUACACCCGCGAAGAGACCGUGAAGACGUCAAAUGCUGGAAAAGACAUCGAAAAACCACUGGCGGACAUUGCUCACGAGUUCCUGAUGAGCGUUUGCACCAAACGUGGGAGCGGAGCAUGUUUCCCGGACCAUGGAUGGUAUCCACCUGGACACAUGGCGGACGAGGAAAAGCGGAAGUCUGCGCCAAAAGUGUUCAACCGGAUAUUAUCCUCAUUAUUAACGCAUAUCCGACCGUAUGCGAGCACAAUGCAGCUCGACCUAAUGCUGGAUAUCUUGAAGACGUGUCCAGAGCUGGUGGCUGACUACUUUCUGUCCAACUGGAGCUUCAGCUUCGAUCCAAAACUUACAUCUACUUGGAUUGGAUACUGCACGUUCUUGCACUCCACGAUCACCCUUCCAAUACCGGAGAAUUUUGGAGCUCCGGAAGCUCAAAUACUUCCACCUCCCACCAAUGUUAUUGUCGAGAACGUCCUGCCGAAACCACUUACCAAAGCUAUUAUGUCCAAGUGUUUGACGCACGAGAACAACUUCAUCAGGUUCUUGGCUACAAGGCUUCUCAUCAGUGCUUUCCAGAAGCUGCGGAGUGUCCUCAAGGCACUCGACGAGGCGGCGGGUUCUGUACACGAUCCGACAGAGACAUGGAAGAGGUGCAGAUUUGACGUCAUCGAGGAGUUUUGCAAGCGCAUCCCAGAUGCAUCGGUGGUGAGCAACAUUGCCGGAAAGACAUCGGGUGUUUUGCAGACUGAAGCGAGGAUGAGACUUCUUGCGGAAUACUAUACUACUAUUCCCGAGUUGGCCUUGUCCGGUAAUUAUGAUGUAAAUGUUGCGCUGAGCAACUUCCUCGGGAACGAAUUUGAGGACCAAAAGGGCAUGAAGCAACUCGAGAUGGGACACUUGUUGCAGAUCGCGACUGAGGUUCCGGAUGUCAAGUGGUGGAACAAAACUCCUGCUAUGAAGCAUUCACCAUUCGUGGCUAUUUUGAAGCGAUGUUGCAGCACUGCUACAAAUACUUCCCAGCGACAGGUCCGGACGUUACUCCAUUCUUUUGCUUCCACCAGUUACCUCUUCCAGGCCGAAACAUCGGCGUCGCCACUAGAUGCCCUGCUGGAGAGUUUAUCCACCCUUGAGGAUAGCGGCGAUUUGGAAGCGAUCCUCUCCCUCCUAGACGAAGUCGUGGCACGAUGCAUCCGUGGACCAUUCAAAUAUCUGGACGACUACGCUGAGCUUGCAGCAGAGAUCCAAAAACAGAAGCCAGAAGCCAGUAACUUUGCACCAGUCAGUCCGUUGGUCAUGACACUCGUAGAACAGUGGAAAUUCUUCAUGCAGUCGAAGGAUCACUCCAGCCAACAGAAGCUCGGUGGCGUCCGGUGGUUGCUGCGACUCCUCGAAUCCUGCGCAGUUUUGGGCGAGAACAGAUUUGUCCUUGCGGUUUUGUGCGACAGAGUUGCCAGCUCUGGCUCGACUGACGAAAGUAUCCCGAAACUGAAGAACUACUUGCAAGAAGGAGACCAAGGCCUGGAAAUCGCACCUAAUGGGGGACGUGAAUAUGACAGCGCCGUGGGAGUUCGCGAUAUGUUUACUCGUUUCCCUAAUCGCAGGAUAGACGUACAGAUGAUCGCGUUGCUCUCGGAUGGCGUGCUGCAUCGUAGAAUCGAACCAUCGCUGUUCGACCUCGCUGUCGUGCAGAGGGCGAUCACGGAGGUUGCUGAGAGCCGGAAUAUCAGCACAUCCAAAGCCGCCGCCGUUAUCACCCAGUUAAACGAAUUGAUGAAGAUACGCCGAAUUGCUCUCUACCGUCUCCGAACAGAGUGAUUCUGCCCUCGAGUCCGUUAGGGAAAUCUUCACGAGUUCCUUGCCCGGAUUUUUGUCCAAGUUUGCAGCUUUGUCGGAAGAGGACCUGUCGAAGGUUCUCUUCAUUUAUCGCACUAUCAUCACGUUGCUCUAUUCCCCGGAAGAUGUCA